UGCCUUCUGGAGUUUGUAGUCCGUGCCCGGCUCGUGCCCUGAACCCUGUUUUGCGUGGGUUGUUUGUGGGACUUGGACUUGACCCGGGGGCAGGAAAGUAACCCAGAAGUGCCUAAGGAGCCUAACAUCAAAGUCAGAGGGUAGGGAUUAGAAGUCUGCAUUUUUCUGUGUUGGGGUAAUAGAGCCACUUUUAAAACACUUUCUCCCUGGCAGCCCUACGCAAAGCUCUUUAUAUACAUUAGCUCAUCUAAUCGUGACAGAAUCUCCUGUGAGUUCCACUUGACAGUGAGAGGCUGGGUGCUUGCUUAGAGGUCACCAUGUGUCACGCCUCCACUCUCCCCUUCUCACCCUCUUCUUGGAGCCACUCAUGGAACUUCAUGGGUAGGUGGUGGCUUGGUGGGUCGCCUCGAAAGAUGGAUGAGACAUCUGGGCAGUGGGAGACCAGGCUGGCAGCAGGGGAAGUGGGCAGCAGAGGUUUCAGACGUCCCAGGCAGGCCUCACCCAGUCUCUCCCUGCAGGCAGAGGUGUUUCAGGCCCUGCAGCGGCUGCACAUGACCAUCUUCUCCCAGAGCGUCUCACCCUGUGGGAAGUUCCUGGCGGCUGGCAACAAUUAUGGGCAGAUUGCCAUCUUCAGCUUGUCUGCUGCUUUGAGCUCGGAAGCCAAAGAGGAAAGUAAGAAGCCCGUGGUGACCUUCCAAGCCCAUGAUGGGCCCGUCUAUAGCAUGGUCUCCACCGAUCGACAUCUGCUCAGUGCUGGGGACGGGGAGGUGAAGGCCUGGCUUUGGGUGGAGGUCCUCAAGAAGGGCUGUAAGGAACUGUGGCAUCGUCAGCCCCCAUACAGGACCAGCCUGGAAGUGCCUGAGAUCAAUGCUUUGCUGCUGGUCCCCAAGGAGAAUUCCCUCAUCCUGGCUGGGGGAGACUGUCAGUUGCACACUAUGGAUCUUGAAACCGGGACUUUCACACGGGCCCUCCGGGGCCACACAGACUACAUCCAUUGCCUGGCACUGCGGGAACGGAGCCCCGAGGUGCUGUCAGGUGGCGAGGACGGGGCAGUGCGACUCUGGGACCUCCGCACGGCCAAGGAGGUCCAGACGAUAGAGGUCUAUAAGCAUGAGGAGUGUUCGAGGCCCCACAAUGGGCGCUGGAUUGGAUGCUUAGCAACUGACUCAGACUGGAUGGUCUGUGGAGGGGGCCCAGCCCUCACUCUCUGGCACCUCCGAUCCUCCACACCCACCACCAUCUUCCCCAUGCGGGCACCACAGAAGCAUGUCACCUUCUACCAGGACCUGAUUCUGUCAGCUGGCCAGGGCUGUUGCGUCAACCAGUGGCAGCUGAGUGGAGAGCUCAAGGCCCAGGUGCCUGGCUCCUCCCCGGGGCUGCUCAGUCUCAGCCUCAACCAGCAGCCAGCAGCCCCUGAGUGCAAGGUCCUGACAGCUGCAGGCAACAGCUGCCGCGUGGAUGUCUUCACCAACCUGGGCUACCGAGCCUUCUCCCUGUCCUUCUGAUCUCCGAUGACACCCCUCAUCCCUAGGGUUUUAGACUAUUUUUUUCAUUUUUUAUAAUAAAGUUUCAGGCUUUU